AUGGAUACAAAUUUACCGCAAAGUUUUUCUCUAAUUUGUGGGGAUUUGUGCAAUCAACUUUAUGUAAAAGAAUAUAAUAAAAGCAAAGUUAAUUCUCUCAUUGAUGAACUCAAUGCUCAACCGUACAAGGGAGAGCUAUUUGUCAGGAAACAAGAUGCAGCGACGUUAAUUACUGCUCUAUGUGUAAAUAUCAAGCCAGAAGACGAAUUUCUAGCAGCAAAGACUUCACAUUUGUUAAAUAGCAUUCUUUCAAAGCAGAAUUUACAAUUUGAUGUAAAUUACUUAGAAAAAGUUGUGACAUGGUACAUUAGUUGUAUGAAGAAAUGUUCAGAUAUUGUUUUGCCUGACAUUCUACACAAUCUUCAAUGCAUUUUGCAACUAAGUCCACAGUUGGGUCAAAAGUUUUCAAAUACUCUAAUUGGACCACAAGGUAUUUUACUAAACCUAAUAGACAUUGAAAAGAAUCAAACACUGAGUGUGCAAAGCCCGCUACAGAACUGUCUUAUUGCUUUAAAGUGCAUAACUUGCUGCAUAUCUGCAGAGGAUACUAAAGCAAAUGAUGGAACUAACACUGUGCCUGUAGAGAUCAAGGAACAGAUCUCAACUAUAGUUGUUAAGUUGCUGAUGAAAGGUUCUAUUAAGUCUCAAGAUGAGUUCUUAUAUUGUAAGGUAAUAAUUGCAGCCCUAAGAGUAUUGACUCAGCUAUACUUUAAUGACCAGAAAGUGCCUGUGUCAUUACCUGACGUUGUUGGCUUGUGCCGAUACUUUAUUCUUUAUGGUCUGGUGACACAGGGUCCCAAACCAGAGAGAAUAAUGCCAGCACAGCAAAGCAUAGCAACUGCACCUGUAAAAAUUCAACCUAAAGGUGGAAAGAAACAAAAAAUCAGGAAGCAAAGGAAUAACGCCAUUGAGAGUCUAAAGAAAGAGAUACCAGUAUCAGACCACAGUCUCAUGAAGGAUGUUGAUAAGUUCGAAAAUAGCUCAGCAUAUAAACCAGCAAGUAAGAACUACUUGGAGCCACAGAGAGCUAAGAACACUUGGGUGCUUACGAGCGAUUCUGACAUGUCUGAUGUUGAGAACAGCAGAGAGGCUAAGCUUGUAGCUUUGAAGUCCAGAGUGAGGCAAAGUGCUUCCAAUUUAUUAUUAGUUUUAGUUAAGGUAACAGAAAGGAAAGACAUGUUCGGCUACUGGUGGGCGCUAUUGCCCGAUUCACCAAAUACUGACAACUGGUUAUCUGACGAUGGUGCUAAGAAGACUCUGGCGUAUUGCGCGGUCAUUGACCCCAUCGCAAACAGCAGAGCUAGCGUGUUGAGUGUCAUACUGGCACUUCUCUCUGGUUCUAGAGUUUAUCUAUCUCAGGCAGAAAGCAGCAAAAGGGAAACCAAGUCCUUCAUACCGUUUUCUGUAUCUCUUGGCUAUGUUAUCACAUGCAUGCACAAAGUGUUGGUAAGUAUACUGGACAGCGAAAGAAGCCACGCCGUUAUCAUAGUGGCCUUGAAAUGUUGCGCUGCCUUGGUGCAGUCGACUCCGUACCAUAAAAUGCAAGAAGGUCUGAUAAGUGAGCUGGUACGCGCUACGAGGAAGUUUUUAGUGCGUAAAGACAUCACAUUGCAAGUAGGAGCUCUCAUUACGAUGGGGUGCGUUCUAUCCAUCGACCCCAAAGUAGAUGAGUUACUCAAAGCAAUACAAAAAGACUCCAUCCCUGUCAAGGCGAAGCCUGAAGUAAACCAGAGUAUAGUCAACGAAGACUGCGAUGACUUUGAAGAAGGAUAUUCUGAUGAUGAAAUGUUUGCUGAAAACCAAUUGGAUAGUCUAAAUAACGAGUUUGAUGAAGCAAAAAGUUCUAGCUUCAAGUCUUGGAUUUUGGACAUUUGCUUCAAGAAUAUGGGCUGGGUUUUGAAGAGGAAAGAAAUGACGAAAUGUAAACCAGCAGCGAUACCAGUGAUCCUAGAGUCUCUCCAAGUGCUAUCGGCCAUCGCAUUCCACCACGCUGGUGACGUGCUGACCAGUCACUUAGCACCGCUGACGGACUUGCUGUGCGAGAUGCUGAGACACGAACACCAAGACGUGGUCGUGUAUACUGCGAAGAUGAUCAGCGUGAUGGGUGACGCUUUACAAAAAUUAGAACAAACCGACCAGCCUCCUCCCCUGAACCAGUGUGUGAGCAUGUGGCAGGCGCUGCUUACGCCGUUAUCAUCCGUAAUUCAGAGCCACGAAACGUCGCCCGCUAAGGCCAUCGUGUGUGACUGCAUCGCCAACAUUGGAGAAAGGUCCUUCAAGGAACUGCCGAGGCGGCUACAAGUGCUAUGCUGCACCCUACUCGUUGGUUCGUAUGGCGACGAGGAGCCGAAUGUACGCGCGGCCGCGGUGCGAGCGCUAGCUAUGACUGUGAUGUACAGGACUCUUAGAGAAGACAUUAAUUUUGUAAGUGACUGCGGGGAAUAUAUCAUCAGAGCACUGUCCGAGUCUUCUCUGGUCGUCCGGACUAAAGGCGCGUGGGCUUUGGGCAACCUUAGCGAUGCGCUCGUUCUAAACAUGGAGGACCCCGAAACAGAGCGUAUAGACGAGGAACUGUUGUGCCGACUACUAGAGAUCAGCGUCAAGUGUGCAGCGGAUAACGAUAAGGUCAAAAUGAGCGCAACCCGAGGUCUAGGGAACUUUCUUCGCCUCGUCAGAGAUUACACGGUACAGUCUCAUCCACAAAUGAAGACGCUAAGCGAGUCGGCCAUAGACAAGCUACUGGACUGUGCGUGUAAAGUAUCCAAUAUGAAGGUGCGGUGGAACGCUUGCUAUGCUAUGGGAAAUGCGAUGAAAAACGAGUAUUUGUUUACGGGAUUCAGCGGGUGGCAGAGUAAGGUGUUCCCAAAACUGUGUGGUCUAAGCCAAGACUGCAAGAACCUAAAGGUUCGCAUAAACGCCGCGGUGGCGCUGCGAGCACCCGCUUUGAGACCACACUAUGGCGACCAUUUUACGGCGGUGUGGAGGGGCGUGAUGGCCGCUAUGGAAAACGCUGCUAAUGUUGACGAUUUUACAGAAUACAAACACAAAGACAACCUCAUUGAACAGUUAUGCGUAACCCUAGCGCACUUAUGCUGCUUGCUCACUCAGUCGGAUCUCAACGACAUACUGGACCCCUUAGUGUUUCAUUACGACUGUGCCAAAUCUCUCUUCACCCAGUUAUGCCACAAGUUGCCUCCAGAAAACGCGUCCUGCCUCAAAAUACUGCAAGCGGCGAAGUAUGUGACAGUUGAUUUGACAGCGUCAAACGAUACGCAGUCUCAGUCGUUGACUAUGCUACAGGAUAUAUUCAUUUGGGAUAUGUAAAUAGUAGUUUAUUAGAAUAAAAUAACUUUAUUGUCAUUAUUAAUUAUACAGAUGACAGCACAUCAUGCUAAGAUACCCGACUAAAGACUUUUAGUCGGCCGAUA